AUGGACAGCAGGAAGCAUUUGGCUAAGGCCACCCUGGGGAAGAAGCCAGAAUUGCAGCUGUCUCAGGAGUGCAGGCAGCCCUCUCCCCUACCCAGCCUGGUGGUGGCCUGGGGCCAGGCCAGUGCCCAGAGCAGUGGUCAGCAGAUGCUGCAGACUCAGGACUGGGUGUGCGAGCCGCCGGAGAGCAAGCGCCCGAGCCGCCGUUGGAGCGUCAGCAUCGACGAGCGCCGGCGGCUGGCCGUGCUGGGCGGCUGGGAGAGGCCGGGCGUCGCGGGAGGCGCCCCCAGCUGCAGGGACAUCACGCGGAUCGUGGCCCAGCUGGUGUCCGAGGACGUGGACAAGGACGUGCUCCUCCCCCACCCGCCGAGGUCUGCCGAGUCCACCAACGCCUUCCACGCCUUCCUGGCCCGGAGCGCGCCUUUCUGGCAGAACGUGACUUUGGAGGCCUUGGGCUCGAGGUCACCGCCCUCCUAAGAGCUGACUCAGCCCAGUAUCUGUCUUCCAGCGCCUUUCCUCGGGGGUCCUGGGGGAGGUAG